AUGGCCGCCGCUAUCACCGACAUGGCCGACCUGGAGGAGCUCUCCCGCCUGAGUCCUCUGCCCUCCGGGAGUCCCAAUCCUGCAACGCGGACCCGGGCCGAGCCUUCUGGGGGGGAGGAAGAGGAGGAAGAGGAGGAGGAAGAAGAGGAGGCCGAAGCGCAGGCGGUGGCAGAGCUGCUGCUAAACGGCGACGGCGGGGGUGGGGGCGGCGGCGGCGGUGGCGGCGGCGGGGGCGAGGCGGAGACGAUGUCUGAACCAAGCCCGGAGAGCGCCAGCCAGGCCGGGGAAGACGAGGACGAGGAGGAAGAGGAGGAGGAAGACGAGAGCAGCAGCAGUAGCGGGGGAGGCGAGGAGGAGAGCAGCGCCGAGAGCCUGGUGGGUAGCGGCAGUAGUAGCGACGAGACUCGCUCGCUCAGUCCCGGCGCCGCCAGCAGCAGCAGCGGCGAUGGAGACGGCAAGGAGGGCCUGGAAGAGCCCAAGGGACCGCGGGGCGGCCAGGGCAGCUGCAGCGGCGGCGGCAGCGGCGGCGGCGGAGGAGCCGGCGGUGGUGGUGGCAGCAGCAGCAGCAGCGUUGUCUCUAGCGCCGGGGAUGAAGGCUAUGGGACCGGGGGAGGCGGAAGCAGUGCUACCUCGGUGGGCAGGAGAGGCAGCUUGGAGGUGUCCUCGGACGGGGAACCCCUGAGCCGCAUGGACUCGGAGGACAGCAUAAGCAGUACUAUAAUGGAUAUAGACAGCACAAUUUCCAGUGGACGUUCAACUCCUGCAAUGAUGAACGGACAAGGAAGCACUACUUCUUCAAGCAAAAACAUUGCCUAUAACUGUUGUUGGGACCAGUGCCAGACUUGCUUCAACUCUAGUCCAGAUCUGGCAGAUCACAUUCGUUCCAUACAUGUAGAUGGUCAGCGAGGAGGGGUAUUUGUUUGCCUAUGGAAGGGUUGUAAAGUAUAUAACACUCCUUCAACCAGUCAAAGUUGGUUACAAAGACACAUGCUGACACACAGUGGAGAUAAACCUUUCAAGUGUGUUGUUGGUGGUUGCAAUGCCAGCUUUGCAUCUCAGGGAGGGCUAGCUCGUCAUGUACCUACACACUUUAGUCAGCAGAAUUCUUCAAAAGUUGCCAGCCAGCCAAAGGCCAAAGAGGAAUCUCCUUCUAAAGCUGGAAUGAAUAAGAGGAGGAAGUUAAAAAAUAAAAGACGACGCUCUUUACCACGACCCCACGACUUCUUUGAUGCACAGACACUGGAUGCAAUCCGACAUCGAGCCAUAUGCUUUAACCUCUCAGCCCAUAUAGAAAGUUUAGGAAAGGGACACAGUGUUGUUUUUCAUAGUACUGUAAUAGCCAAGAGAAAAGAAGAUUCUGGAAAGAUAAAACUGCUGCUUCAUUGGAUGCCAGAAGAUAUUUUGCCUGAUGUGUGGGUUAAUGAAAGUGAACGACAUCAAUUAAAAACAAAAGUAGUUCAUUUAUCAAAGCUACCCAAAGACACUGCCUUGCUUUUGGACCCAAACAUAUACAGAACAAUGCCACAGAAGAGGUUGAAGAGGAAUAUUUAGGUCCAAAGGUAUAAUCACAAAUAUAUAGGCUUCCUUAAGAGAUGGGAGACAGAGUUCCCCAGCCUCUGCACCGCUUUCUCCGGUUGUGUUCACAGCCGAGCACUGGGUUCCAAAGGAGCGCACUUCCACUUCCAAUCCCAGAACCCUCCUUGGGCUUGAGCACUGUUAAUUGGCUUUUCAGAUUUCACAUUCUAAGACUGCUAACUCUCCCGCCCUACCUGCAAUCCUUGUUUCAAAGUCUUCCAAAGGAUCAUUAGGAACAGCAGAAACUGGGGACAAACAACUCGUGACGGAAACAGUGACUUCCGACACCCAUUUCUUAGAUUGGGUUAAAAAAGAGGGAGCGAGGAAGGCCUUUGCCUCUUGCAGCUUCUGUUCUUGGCAUCCAUGAUUUGUACCCUCUGGAUUAAAAGAUCACAGCGGAAAAGAGUGGUGAAAAAGCAGCAAGAGCUUACAUUUACGUUUUAAUGAUAUUCUUAAAUCUUUUAACUUUUAUUUUGAAUUUAACCAGAUCCAAACCAUGCACAUUUUCAAAAACAAACUAGAACGGAAAAAGAAGAUAUGACGUGAUAAUGCAAAUUGAUUACAUACGUCUUGUUUUUCCCCUUAAAAAUAUAAUAAACAUGUAAUUUUCAAAGCUGCCCUGCUUAACCGUGAUUCCUUUUGGCUUCUUCUGUUCUUUUUGUGUUGAUUUAAAAAAUAAACAAAACAAAUUUUCAAAA